UGUGUAGCUGCAAGCUACAGCAUUGUAAUUCUGUGUAGUUUCCAUUUUAAGCUUAUUAAGUUACUGUGAUUUUGUCUUUUGAGGACAUUGUUUGCAAGUACGUUAUCUCUGCAUUCUUGCUAUUUUGUUUUUUUGUUCAAUUUAGUAUCAAAUUGUUCCAGUAAUCAUAUUAAUGUGGUUCCUUUCUAGAUUUAUUUUUCAAAUUCUUUUGAUAAUUGUGCAAUCUUGGAAGGGCGGGUUGCAGUAGAGUUAAUCCUUCUUGUUUUUUUACAAAUGCCAACGAAGGUAGCUAAUCUCUUGGAAAGUAAAGUUCAAAACUAUCUUUGGGCUAAAAUUGGUGCUGAAGAAGGGUACCACCUCACAAGUUGGAAAUUUCUCUUUAGAACAAAGACAAAGGAGGUCUCUGUCCCGAAAACUUGAAGAAAAGGAACAUUGCUUUUGCAGCUAAGUGGAAUUGGAAUUUUCCCUGUUGAAAACUUGCUAGGGAGAUUAAUAGUGGAUGACAAAAUAUGCAGUUGAGCUUUUCAAAAUAAAAUGUGAGGUUGAUAGUCAUGGAUGGUUACCAAAGAAAGCAUCAGUAAAAGAAGCCCAUGGCACUUCAUAAGCAAAUGCAGACAACCCAUUGAAAAAUAUCUUAAUUUCAAGGUUGGAGAUGGGAGCAAUGUGAAAUUUUCGGGAGACAUAUAGCUGUGGGGGAAACUUUCUUGAGGAGAGAUUAUCAAGAAUCUACCAUGAGACACGAAAUUGUCUAAGAUUAGAGACUGCUGGAAGGAAGAGAGCUUUCCUCACCAAUCACUAAUGUAUCCCUAAUAACAUCCGUAUCAGAUGCCUUUGUGCUAUUCACCACUGAUGCUCUAACACAUCUAUAUGCAUGUAGGAUAACUGCACAGGGGUUCAAAUGUUACUUGUUUGUGAUAGUUAUCAUCAUACCUGUAGAUUAUGUUAUCAGAUGCAUUCCAAUUUAAGUAUGUAAACUUUAACCAAUCAAAUUGUUUUAUUUUUUGCUCAAGGUGAUUUUGAGUAUUGUCUAAGCAUGUAACGGGAGGGUUGGAGGAUGGACUUUUCUUUGUGCAUUAUUAAAAUUAAAUCAGUGAGUGUUUGUUGAACUUGUGAUUUGUGCAUGUUUUAUGGUUAAAAUUCCAAGUGAUAAUGAUUUUGAAGGGAUAGGAAUACAAUUCAGAUGAGAUUUCAAUUGCUACCAUGUAGAUCUGCUUUUUAGACUUCAUUAUCUCUCUCUCUUUGCAUUUUUAGUGUACAAUUAUUUCACCGCUGCCUGAAAAAAAAAAAUUGGAUUAUUAUUUUAUGUAAUGCAUCCGCUUCAAAGCUUCUUACACAAAUCAAGUUAUUUUGCGUGUGGACGGGGUAGUAAAGUGGCUUCAACAAUUUGUUGUUGUAGCUGACAUUAUCAGCUAGUUUGUGACUACUUUACAGUGUUAACUACAUUGUUGUAUGUUUUCAACAUUCAUUUUUAUAAACUUGAGCAAGUAUUUUACUGCUGGAGUAUAGUAGGAACCCUGUUUAUUUUAUUGCUUUCAAGCCUUUUUGAGUGUAUCUUGUCAUUCUUGAAAAAUAUUUUCUCUCCUGAUGAUUAUGCAUCUUAUGCAUUUAGGAAUGCGUACAAUAUGGUGCUGCAUAAAUUUGGGGAAAAACUUUACUCUGGACUUGUGACCACAAUGACAUUUCAUCUGAAAGAAAUAUCUAAAGGAAUUGAAGCAGCUCAAGGAGAACUUUUUUUGGUAGAAUUGAACAGGAAAUGGGCAGACCACAACAAGGCUUUGCAAAUGAUCCGCGACAUAUUGAUGUACAUGGAUAGAACUUUCAUCCCAAGCACUCACAAAACUCCAGUUCAUGAACUUGGUUUGAAUCUAUGGAGGGAUGUUGUCAUCCACUCUAUCAAAACCCAGAGUAGACUCCGAGAUACUCUUCUUGAACUUGUGCAUAUGGAAAGGAGUGGUGAAGUUAUAAACAGGGGUUUAAUGAGGAACAUUGUAAAGAUGCUUAUGGAUUUAGGCUCUUCUGUUUACCAAGAAGACUUUGAAAAGCAUUUUCUUGAUGUCUCUGCAGAUUUUUAUCGUCUCGAGUCUCAGCAAUUUAUUGAGUCUUGUGACUGUGGGGAUUAUCUGAAAAAGGCUGAGAGACGCUUGAAUGAAGAAAUAGAAAGAGUAUCCCAUUACUUAGAUGCUAGAAGUGAACCUAAGAUAACCAGUGUGGUGGAAAAAGAGAUGAUAGAAAGUCACAUGCAAAGAUUAGUCCAUAUGGAAAACUCAGGCUUAGUAAAUAUGUUUGUUGAUGAUAAAUAUGAAGAUUUGGGCAGAAUGUAUAACUUGUUUCGUCGUGUACCAAGUGGACUCUCUAUAGUAAGGGAUGUCAUGACAUCUUACAUCCGUGAUACAGGUAAGCAGCUGGUGACAGAUCCUGAUAGGAUAAAAGAUCCUGUGGAUUAUGUGCAGCGACUCCUUGAUUUGAAGGAUAAAUAUGACAAGGUUAUCAGCUUGGCAUUCAACAACGACAAGACGUUCCAAAACGCCUUGAAUUCCUCAUUUGAAUAUUUUAUCAACUUGAAUGCUCGAUCUCCAGAAUUUAUAUCCUUGUUUGUAGAUGACAAGCUACGUAGAGGAUUGAGAGGAGUCAGUGAAGAGGAUAUAGAAAUUGUGCUAGACAAGGUUAUGAUGCUUUUUCGUUACCUUCAAGAGAAAGAUGUAUUCGAGAAAUAUUACAAGCAACAUUUGGCCAAGAGGCUUCUGUCCGGAAAAACUGUCUCUGAUGACGCUGAAAGAAGUUUAAUUGUUAAGCUCAAAACAGAGUGUGGGUACCAAUUUACCUCAAAGUUGGAGGGUAUGUUCACUGAUAUGAAGACAUCCCAGGAUACAAUGCAGGGUUUCUAUUCAAGAUUUGGUGCUGAGCUAGGAGAAGGUCCCACACUAGUUGUGCAAGUUCUCACUACAGGUUCGUGGCCUACUCAGGCCAGCACAACUUGCAACCUUCCUCCAGAAAUUCUUGGGAUAUGUGAAAAAUUUAAAAGCUACUACCUUGGGACACAUACUGGCCGAAGGUUAUCUUGGCAAACGAAUAUGGGGUCAGCCGAUCUGAAAGCAACUUUUGGUAAGGGCCAGAAGCAUGAGUUGAAUGUUUCGACGUACCAAAUGUGCGUGCUAAUGCUGUUCAACAAUGCUGAUCGGUNAACAUACCAAAUGUGCGUGCUAAUGCUGUUCAACAAUGCUGAUCGGUUGAAUUAUAGAGACAUCGAGCAAGCCACAGAGAUUCCAGCAGUAGACUUGAAAAGAUGUCUACAGUCGUUAGCCUGUGUGAAAGGACGGAAUGUCCUCCGGAAGGAGCCGAUGAGCAAGGACAUUGCUGAAGAUGAUGCAUUUUUCUUCAACGACAAAUUCACGAGCAAGUUGUACAAGGUGAAGAUCGGUACCGUGGUUGCACAAAGAGAGUCCGAGCCAGAAAACCAGGAAACUCGGCAGAGGGUAGAGGAAGACCGGAAACCACAGAUUGAGGCAGCGAUAGUCAGAAUAAUGAAGGCGAGGCGGGUAUUGGAUCACAAUAACAUCGUCGCAGAAGUCACGAAGCAGCUGCAGUCAAGGUUCCUUCCCAACCCCGUUGUGAUUAAAAAACGAAUUGAAUCUCUUAUUGAGAGGGAGUUUUUGGAGAGGGACAAAGAAGAUAGAAAAUUGUACCGUUAUCUUGCGUGAACUUGAAGAAGCAUCUACGAUUGCCCUUAAUGUGUCCAAAACUUUAUACUACGGGCUCAUUGUUAUAACUUUGAUGAGUUGCAAUAUUACCAUUGAAUUGCUGCAGGCUUGGGUUGGUUAGAUGAAAUGUCAUCUCUCUAUUGCCCACCUCUUUCCCUUUACGCUCUUGAUCUUUUGGCUUCUUGUUGCUGAUUAUGCUUCUACUGGUUCCACUAGGAUAUGAAAUCCAUGGUGAAAGGUAGCUUCAGAAGGUUUAAAGGCGAUACUCCACAAGGAAGGUCUGAGAAAGCAGACGACUUGUACAUUGUAUUUUCUUGGAUUUAUAGUGAACUCGUCCAAAUUAUGAAUGAUUAGAUUGCCUGCCACUUAG